AUGGCCGACGACUUCUCUCUCUUCACCUCUCUUCGGUAUGACCCGGCCUUGUUAGAGCUCCCGUCCAAGAACAUCGACUACGCAGGAUGGAACUCUGCAAAUCGCUCCCCGUUCUACAUGCUCGACUAUCAUCGCGAUCGCAUGCUACGGGCAGCAACUCACUGGAAAUGGGAAAAGGCCAUCCAAGUCCUCUCGGGCGAGGAGGGUCUGGAAGCAUUGAGAAAGGCAGCGGAAGAGUUUAUCGGUCCAUGCCAAACGACUCCGCUGCGCUUCAAGAUCCUCGUCAGCCGCGAAGGUGUCGUCAGCUUCGAGAAGAACAACACGGCCCCUGUUGGCCUCGAGAAUUUGUUUCCGCUACGGCUGCCUCCUCCCGGGUCUCCGUCCGGCCCUCAAGAGCCCAGGAAAACUCCUAGCUGGACAAUAGUGCUUGAUAACGAUCAGACGGCAGCUUCAGAGUACACUCACUUCAAGACUACCAAGAGAGACAUGUAUAACUCUUCUCGCGAGAGGCGCGCCAUUGCUUUGACAGAUGAGCGAGAAGUCCUGCUGGUGAACCAUGAUGACGGGUCCAUCAUGGAAGGGAGCUUGACGACGCCGUAUUUCUGGCGAGAUGGGCGAUGGGUCACUCCGCCUGUUGCUGCGACCUUCAACUCGGGGGCCGGGAGCGGUGGCCAAGACGGGACCUCGAGACGAUGGGCUUUGGAAAGAGGGCUGGCUGUUGAGCAAGCCAUUCCGGCAAACUCCUUGGUGGAUGGCGAAGAGUGCUGGAUAAGCAACGGGGUGAGGGGGUUCAUCGCUGGUGUUGUACGACUUGAGUAG